CAGCCCGGCCGGCCCCUCGCUCCGCCCGGCGGGGCUGUGGCGGUGCCGACACAGCCGGAGCCGGACCGGGCAGCACCGCGGGCUCUCUGCGGGCACCAUGGGCCAGGACGGGCCGUGGCUCAACCUGUCCGGCAGCGCCUGUGCGGCGGGCGGGCCCUUCGCCGCGGGCACGGCCGCGCUGCUGGCCGCGCUCAUGGGGCUGCUGGUGCUGGCCACGGUGCUGGGCAAUGCCCUGGUCAUCCUGGCCUUCGUGGUGGACCGGAGCCUCCGCACGCACGGAAACUUCUUCUUCCUCAACCUGGCCGUGGCCGACCUGCUGGUGGGCGGCUUCUGCAUCCCCCUCUACAUCCCCUACGUGCUGACGGGCGAGUGGAGGCUCGGCCGGGGCUUGUGCAAGCUGUGGCUGGUGGUGUACUACCUGGUGUGCACCGCCUCCGUCUUCAACAUCGUCCUGAUCAGCUUCGACAGGUUCAUCUGUGUCACCAGAGCGGUCAGUUACAGGGCUCAGAAAGGGAUGACCAGAAAUGCAGUACUGAAGAUGAUGGCUGUAUGGAUUGCUGCUUUUCUUCUCUAUGGUCCAGCCAUUCUCAGCUGGGAGCACAUUGCCCAAAAGAGCAUCCUCCCUGAAGGAGAGUGUCAUGCAGAAUUUUUCUACAACUGGUAUUUCCUGAUGAUUGCCUCUACCUUUGAAUUCUUUACACCUUUUAUCACUGUUACAUACUUUAACUUAAGUAUUUACCUCAACAUCAGGAAACGCACAUCCCUCAGAAACGAAAGCCUCUCACCUGGUCAAGAGAACUGUGAAAUGAGCUUCCAGGGGAAAAAAAGGGAACACGCUAUAUUUUUUGUGAAGCCAACUAACAGAGACAAACACAGGAAGGCAGCAAGCAGCCUUCUUCCCCCAAGAAAGACUUCAAGGCUUCAAGCCUCAGCUGAGCGUGGCAGUCGCUCAUUAAAUCUGAAAGUCAGUCCCGACCUUCCACCGCUGCAGGUGGAUGUGAAGAUGAAGCCUCUUGGGAAUGGUUUCUACAAAGCCACAGAAAGCGGCUGCAACGCCCCCAAAGUGGACUUUGCCAACACUGUGGCAAAUAGAUUGAGACUUUCCCGGGACAAAAGAGUAGCAAAGUCUCUGGCAAUUAUUGUCUGUGUGUUUGGUUUGUGCUGGGCUCCGUACACACUUCUGAUGAUCAUCAGAGCAGCCUGCCACGGGCACUGUGUGCACUAUUCCCUCUAUGAGAUUUCAUUCUGGCUCCUGUGGGUGAAUUCAGCCAUUAACCCUGUUCUAUACCCACUGUGUCACAUGAGCUUUAGGAAAGCCUUUAUAAAGCUCCUGUGUCCAGGCAAGGCCAAAAUUCACCCUCAUAUUUUUAUGUGAGAAGUAUGAAGGCUGACAAUUGGUCCAACUUGCUAUUGGUGGGAGCACCAAAAGGCAAGUAUUGCAAUACUUGCAAAUAUGAAGUGCACUGGGUAUUUUAUGGAACACUGGUAAGUCCGUGCAAGUGUAGAUAUUUAUGAAUAUACAGAAAUACAGUCAUCCAUGUAGCUGCAGAAAUCACAGGAAUGCAAAGUCAUUUCUCAAAGCUCCUUGGGAAAUUACACCAACAGUGUAUUUUCUGGUAAUGGUGCACUAGCAUAGAAGUGCUGAAAACGGAAUACAACAUUCAUGGCCAAUAAUUAGAGUCACUUUUAAUAACUGUAAAUAUUGCUGGUAAGGAAGUCAAUGAAGUAUUAAUCUGGGAUCAGUGAUAUCUUACCCCAAAACCCCUCUAAGACACCAAGGGGCUCAGUUGUUAAGUGCUGGAAUCUACUCUAGUCAAAACCCUUCUCCAUACAGGACUCAGGGGCAUUACUCUAUGUUUUGCUGUUAAGGACAGAGUAAGCCUAAGUAGUCUGUGAGAUCUAUAACAGACAGAUCUUGUUAUAGACAGAGCUUUAGGUAAACUGCCCUUGGAGUAAUUUUUAAAACACUUCUAACUGGACUUUUACUAGUUCUGGUUAGUCCUGAAAGAAAAAAAGCCUUGUUUUCCCCUACCCCACCCCUUGGAUCUGUCUAUCCAUCCAUCCAUCAAGUCAUCAGUGAUCAAAAAAGUAUUACAUGAGGUGUUUAGACAUUUCCCAGGUCAUGCAUCAUGAAUGGCAUGGCUCAAAGCCCAUUAAGAUUUACAGCCUUGCUACUGACCAUAAGUGUGCAAAACAAGAACAAACAUAAUUACACAGUGUUUCUGCCAUUCUGCCUGUGCCCCAGGAGAAGCUCACACAGUUGGUUCCUGAGUUCUGACUGGAUUUGUCCCAUAAAAGGUGUCAAUUUGAACAUAACUAAUGAUACAAGUUUGUACCACCAUCACUGGCACUCACUCCAUAACCUGACAGAUGCUUUCCUUUGCUGACAAGUGAGAGCUAUUGAACAGCUGUAGUUGUCCAUUGCCACAGGCAAAAUGUAUGUUAGUACAAUUGAUCUUAAAGUUUACAGGCAGUAUUUUGAAAUUAUUUACUUUGUAAAAUUUCAAUAAAGGUAAUUAAGAGCUGUG